AUGGCGUUCAACUUCAACUGGUCGCCAUUAAUGGCGGACGCGGGCUUUUACACUCGCGCUCAGGAUCUUCUCACAGCCGCUCUGAAUAAGUCUCCCAAGCCGCCCAUCAUCGUCGAUGACAUUAUCGUCACGGAACUCAACCUGGGCUCGAUGCCUCCCGACCUGGAGAUCUUGGAGAUUGGAGACUUGGCCGAAGAUCGCUUUCGUGGUAUCUUCAAGAUGUCUUACUCGGGCGACGCUUUCUUGACCCUCAAAACGCGUGUGCAAGCCAACCCGCUGAAUACUUACCUCUUAACCCGACCGUCAUUCGCAUCUCCCAAACCUCUGGCAGCAGCAACUCCGCUCACGAUUCCUCUCCAAAUCACUCUGUCCGACUUCAAACUAUCGGGAUUCGUCAUUUUGGUGUUUUCAAAGCAAAAAGGUAUCACCGUCGUCUUCCGGAAUGAUCCACUGGAAUCGCUCAAGGUCUCGUCCACCUUCGACUCCAUUCCCUUCGUGCGCGACUUCCUCCAAAAGGAAAUCGAAGCUCAACUCCGCAUCUUGUUCAUGGACGAGCUGCCCGCCAUUAUUCACCGGCUAUCUCUCCGUCUAUGGGUCCCGGAAUACCGUACCGGAGAAGAGACCAACGCGGAGACUUCAAAACCGGAUUCCGCCAGUGAAGGCCCCGGUCAGGACCCUCUGGCUAGCCCACCACAGGACCCCGUCGAUGCCAUGGGGCAUGCGCUGAAUGAAUCCGAGAUCGCAUCCUUAUCGCUGGAUUCCGCGGUGGAGACUCAUCACUUGUUUUCGCAAAAGAACCUCCUCCGUCUCGCGGCCCUGACCGAUUCGCAGCGCACACUCUCCCUAUUCACUCCCUCCAUCCAGGAAGUCGUCUACCGUGCGUGGACAGCGCCGGUCGACUCCAGCGAUGCCGCUGCUAGCAUUGCGUCUCCCCGCAGCCCGACCCUCUCCCGUGUUCACUCGCAAAUUGGCAGCAUGGCGUCAUCAGUCCACGAGACAUCCAGUGUCAUUUCUUCUCAGACUCGUCCCACCCUGUCGUCGACUCACUCAUUCAACAGCUACGGGUUGAGUCUAGGAACUGGACGCCAUUCGAAGGCUCAUGCCAGGAAGCGGAAGAAGCGAGUGGUCGAUUUGCGACGCCCCAAGACGACUGACGACGCCAUGAGCGUGAGCGACGACGGUACCAUGACCGAAUCCACUGGCCCACCAUCCAUUUACUCCGCGCCCCUGCCAAUGGUGAACGAACAGCCCGACGAUCCUGUGACGCCCCCUCUGUCUCCCGAGACCGACUCUCACCUACCGAUGAUCCCGGAGCGAUACCGAUCAAGCAUCUCCCGCCCGAGCCUGCGUCGCACUACCUUGACCGCGCAGAGCGAAGAACCUUCCUACUCCGUCGAGACUAUUCGUCCGUCGAGAGCCAAUGAUGUGGAGGCUACCCCUCGUGGCACUACGACAACUGCUGUGCAUUUCAACGAAAAGGCCGAGGCGGGGGCCUCAUCGGCUGCAGCCCGGCCACCACUACCCUCUACCAUGCUUCACUUGAGCCAGGACGAAAAGCCCACUGGUAGCUCUGUGGAUCAACUCUUGGUCGAACGCCUCGCUGGCGAAAUCGCCCGUCGUAUGCGCGAAGAGAAGCUCAUGACGGGCAAUCCCUGCAGCAACUUUUGGGCUCGUUCCCAAGACGACUCUCCGCCUCCGGCGUAUGGUCAUUGA